AUGGUAUCUCUUGAUGUUACAUCCCUCUUUACUUCUAUUCCCCAGGACCUGACGAUUGAGACAAUCGAGCUACUUCUACAAAGCAAAUACGAUGAGACGGAAAAUCGUCUUGGGUGCGCCCAAGUCCUUCAGCUCCUGAAGUUCUGUCUCAGGACGUACCUCACGUUCGACGGGACAAUCUAUGAACGGGUGAAGGGCACACCAAUGGGUUCGCCGACUUCGGGGUUCAUCGCCGAGGCGGUCCUGAAACGGUUAGAGUCGCUGGUCUUCCAACACCACAAACCGAAGUUCUGGGCCCGGUUUGUGGAUGAUACCUUCGUCGUUAUCGACCGGGAUAAACUGCUGACAUUCAAAGAACAUCUGAAUGCGGUCUUCCCGGACAUACAAUUUACGAUGGAGGAGGAAGAGAACAACCAGCUGGCUUUCCUGGAUGUCCUCGUAUGCCGCAAGGAUUGUGGUGGACUAAAAACCAAAGUGUUCAGGAAAGCGACAAAUAAGAUGCAAGCACUGAACUUCAACAGUAACCACCCAAUCAGCCACAAACGCAGUUGUGUAUGGACCUUCUAUCGGCGUAUUGAAACGCACUGCAGUGGGUCGGAAGACAAGAUUGCCGAACUACCAUAA